UCAGCUUUUGAAAGGUUUCGAUGAAUAUUAACUGUAAUUUUUUGAUGUUCACUAACACUAAUUUUAUUACCCUCACUGCCCUUAAACAGUGGAGUAUUAUUCGACGACGAAGUAUCACACCUAAAAUAGUAAAGUUUGUUUUUAAAAUCGAAGAAAGAAAUAACUGAAGCAGAAAUAAAUCCCAUGACAGGUAAUAUUGGAUGCGCACUUCUCAGACAUGACAGGAACGCCGCUGCUGGAAUGAGUUCUUCCUUUUUCUGCAGAUUUACUUCUAUCACUUCGUCUGCUGCCUGUGGGUGACGCUGAUCUUGAUCGUGAUUUUGAUCGUCUUCGUUGCUUCUUUACUUCUAAUUCUCGAGCUCUUCUUGCCUCCCACUCUUGGAUCAUUUUCGCUUUACGUUUCUCGUGCUCUCGACGUCGUUCCUGUUCAAUUCUCCAUUCCCUUCUUUUUCUCUCCAGUUCUUUUAGUCUAUCCUUGGAGAGCAAAUCCCUCGGGUCCCGAUGCUUUUUCGAUCUGUUGUCGUUUCGUCGCAUUUUCACGGACGAUAAAUCGAUUAUCAAUUUAAUACGCAUUUAAUACCCCUUUCGCAUUUGAAAAAGGGACUGGAGGUAGUGGAAGGGGAAGUUGUGAGGUGUAUAAAUACUUGGUAGCGUUCGGCGAUCUUUCGCGUAUGAAACGUGUACUUGGCCGAUACGCUACCGCGUAUCUCGAAAGUCAUUAACAUUGAUAUCAUCUACUUUGUUGAAUCCAAACAAAACAACCAAAUUUAUCUCAAGAGUUCCUCUUCUCAUUCGCUCCUGUCCCCAUCCAACAACUGUUUUUUGUAAAUAACACACUGCGUAUUAAAUUGAUAAUCGAUUUAUCGUCAGUAAAAAUGCGACGAAACGACAACAGAUCGAAAGAGCAUCGGGACCCGAGGGAUUUGUUCUCCAAGGAUAGACUAAAAGAACUGGAGAGAAAAAGAAGGGAAUGGAGAAUUGAACAGGAACGACGUCGAGAGCACGAGAAACGUAAAGCGAAAAUGAUCCAAGAGUGGGAGGCAAAAAGAGCUCGAGAAUUAGAAGUAAAGAAGCAACGAAGACGAUCAAAAUCACGAUCAAGAUCAAAAAAGGAAGAACUCAUUCCAGCAGCGGCGUUCCUGUCAUGUCUGAGAAGUGCGCAUCCAAUAUUACCUGUCAUGGGAUUUAUUUCUACUUCAGUUAUUUCUUUCUUCGAUUUUAAGAACAAACUUUACUAUUUUAGGUGUGAUACUUCGUCGUCGAAUAAUACUCCACUGUUUAAGGGCAGUGAGGGUAAUAAAAUUAGUGUUAGUGAACUUCAAAAAAUUACAGUUAAUAUUCAUCGAAACCUUUCAAAAGCUGAAGAGACAUCUGAGUUGUUGAGGAAUAUUACUAGCCCUGAUGAAAUCAUCCUCAAACGAACAGCAGCUAACAAAAGUUUAAUCGUGUUCUUAUUCAUUCUUUGAUUGGUCAAAAAGUCUUGGGGAUGGUUAUGGUAAAUAGUAACUGAAAAUUUGGGGAAAUUCCAAACUGAAAAUAUGGAACAAAGUUUACCUGACUUCUGUGGGAUAUUCGCCAGUGAAGAUUUCAUAAAGAUCCUGAAGUAAUCAAAUAACCUUUCGUUGUCAUCAGUUGAACAAUAUGGUAAAUGAACAACUUGAGAAUGAUGGAUACUUUGUCGGGAAGAAACUCAUCGACUUACGAAGUAUGGCACCCAUUUCAAUUCAUUUUAGAAUAUUGGAAAUGGGGUAUAAGGAAUAAUAAUUAUUCAAUAAGUCAUCUAAACAAUUUUAUUCUUUGAACUCAAAUGACACGUCCACUCUAUAUCGAUUCCUUAAAGGAACUAACUACGCCUACAAAAGGAAACAACACCCUGGACCUUCCUGUCACAUGCUCUCAAAGAGUCCUAUUCAUUCCACUUUGUCUACAUACUUGAAAUCAAACCUAAACACCAUACCUCACACUUCUCAGAAUUCGAACACAUAAAAAUGUCUUUCAACACUCAGAAGAGAAUAAGAUUGACUUUUGUUCUUUAUUUAUUUUAUGAAAAAUUCAACAUAGAAUCACGAGACAUUCAGUAGUUGAUUCAGUAAAAAAAUGAUUUACUGCAUUUUCCUAAUAAUCAAUUCACUUUCAGGUAAAUGAUAGGCAUGAAUUGUUGCGCGAUGGUUUUUAAAACUUGGAGAACUGAAGAAAUAAAACAUGAAAUUAAUUUUGUGUGAGUUGUCGUGAAAUAUUCGUCUAUGAGGACAUCAUGAAGAUGCUGUGUUCAGCGGAAGCUGAAUUAAUUGGACAAUUUUUGAUGUUCUUCAAUAAAAAAAUCAUCAAAAUUCACUGGAAACUAUUCAGUUUUCACCGAAAAUCAAGAGGCUUUAAAAGGACAGAAUAAAUUCAUCAAUUUAUAGCAAAUAGAAUUAAUUUUUAUUUAUUGUAGAAUCGUUCAAUAUUCCGUGCUUCAUUCGGACUAAAAAUUUACUCAUUAAAUUUUUUCCACUUUCUUCGUCGUUUCAAAUCGAAAAGAAAAGAAAAGCUUGUAACGGUUUUUCUUUGGCCUCAGCGAAAACUCAAUCUCCUAACAUCCAAAUAACUCGAUUCUCCAUAAACUUGGCCAAACCAUUACCUUCGUUCUCGUAAUCUAACAAAUCCGUAACGCCAAAAACUAAAUACAUAAACGGGAUCUCGGGGAAAAUUAGCAGCUCAAUAGUCCUCUCUUGAAUAAUUUAGGGCGCCAGCCAAUUUUUGAUUACGUGGAAUCGACGAACCGCAGAUAAACCAGGCUUUAAUCAAAAACGCUUACUAAUUAUUCUCCAAGAUCCACUAACGACAAAACGGAAUUCGACAAGCAUACUCGGAAAUGUGGAUUACGAGGGUGCGGGACUGCGCGGUUGCUCAGUGUGUGGGUCGUGGAGAGAGGGAUGCAUUCGUGGACAAGAAAAACAAAAACAGCGAAAACCCAUGAUUGGAAUCGAAAUCGAUAAUCUCAUCUUUAAUUGUAGUCAAGGAACAGGCGUAUACUAAUAAUGGAUGAUAAAUGGUUAAUUCGAACUUGGUUCAUCACCAGCAAUUUAUUUUCACUCCUCAUAAUUUCAUAUAUAGAAUGACAACAAUCUACUCCAGGAUAUCCAAGCUUCUUUGAAUUAAAUCAUAAAAAAAAUAUCUCUUGCGAAUCUAUUCGACUAUGGAAUUUACUCAAAAAUAAUUUCCCCCUUUAGCCAGGUCGCGUGAGUGACUAUGCAGGGAUUAGACAUGAAUUUGAGAGAGAAAGAGAAGAGGUAUAGGUAGCGCGAAACCAAGAGAGAGCGAGAUAAGUAGCUAACCGGAUUUUUUAAGAGCGAGGGCGGUUAUCAAAGUGUUUUAACAAUAAGUAGCUCGCGAUAUUAAUAAAUAAUACCCGAUUUUCGGCGGACUUGAUUCUAAUUAACGAGAAUUGUCCGACCUCCUUAAUGUAUUUAAUUUAGUUUUCUUCUGAAUAAUUAGCGGAACGAUUCCCGAUUCUCAGAGAGCUUGAUUUUAAUUAUUGACGAGGUUCGACACCUCUCAUCUAUUUUAUUCAGUUAGUGGGAAUUCCAACCAUAAAUUUUAAUCAUCGUAACAAAAAGAUAGCGUCCCCAUGCCCAACCGGAAUUCCACACUUUUUAAUAAUUAAAAGAGAGCUAAACCGCAACAAAAAGCAUAAUUUUCCCCUAAAAGCCCCGGGCGUUCGGAGAAGUCUCAGAUAGCAUAGGUAGCAUAGAUAUUACGCGAAAGUAGGUAGCUUGAUACGGAUGCGGUAGCAG